AACACACACCCACUGUUUCCCGUUUUUCUUAUUUUUGUAAAAAAAAAGAAAAAAAGAAGAAUUGGCGUUUUUUUCACGUUUUUCGAAUCUGUAAUCACUGUAGUAAGAUUGCUGUGGAGUUAUAUCGAUUUUGGGGGUUUCGCCAAGAGAAGAUAAAAGAUAUGGCGGAAAGUGAGAGUGGUGUGGAUAAGGAGGAGGAGGAGGAGGAGGAGAUAAGAUCGUCGGUGGUUUCGAGCUGCGAAGCCUAUUUCGAGAAAGUUCAGUCGAGGAAGAAUCUUCCCAAAUCUCUCCAAGAAACCCUAAACUCCGCCUUCGCCGGUAUCCCCGUCUCCUCCUUCCCUCAAGUCCCCGGCGGCAGAGUGAUCGAGAUUCCGGCGGAAACAUCUGUGUCCGAGGCAGUGAAGAUUCUUUCAGACAGCAAGAUUCUCUCAGCUCCGGUCAUCAACAAAGACCACGAGACCUCCCUAGACUGGAAGGAGAGGUACUUGGGGAUCAUCGACUACUCUUCAAUCAUCCUAUGGGUGCUGGAGAGCGCUGAGCUCGCCGCCAUCGCCUUAUCCGCCACGUCAGCCACCGCCGCUGGCGUCGGAGCAGGCGCCGUCGGUGCUCUAGGCGUCGCGGCGCUCGGAGUCGCCGGUCCGGUCGCUGCCGCGGGGCUAGCGGCGGCUGCGGUAGGAGCGGCGGUCGCCGGCGGAGUUGCGGCCGACCGGGUCGGGAAAGAUGCUCCGACGGCUGCUGGUAACUUGGGGAAAGACUUCUAUCAAGUCAUUCUCCAAGAAGAGCCUUUCAGAUCAACCACGGUUGGGACGAUACUUAAGUCAUUUAGAUAUGCUCCUUUUCUUCCUGUAUCUACCGAGAGUUCGAUGCUGAGUGUUUUGUUGCUGCUGUCUAAGUACCGGUUAAGAAAUGUACCGGUGAUUAAACCGGGAGAACCGGAUAUCAAGAACUACAUCACUCAGUCUGCUGUUGUUCAUGGUCUUGAAGGCUGCAAAGGCAGAGAUUGGUUUGAUCACAUCUCCGCUCUUCCUAUCUCUGAUCUCGGCCUCCCUUUCAUGUCUCCCAACGAGGUGAUUAGCAUUGAUAGCGAAGAGCUUAUUCUCGAAGCGUUCAAGAGGAUGAGAGACAACAACAUUGGUGGUCUUCCCGUAGUCGAAGGGACGAACAAGAAAAUUGUUGGGAACAUAAGCAUGAGAGACAUCAGAUACUUGCUUCUGCAACCUGAAGUCUUCUCCAACUUCAGGCAACUUACGGUGAGGACUUUCGCGGCAAAGAUUGCAACGGCGGGAGAGGAGUACGGUUUGUCGAGUCCUGCGAUAACUUGUAGGCCUGAUUCGACUUUGGGGAGUGUUAUAAAUAGUUUGGCUUCGAGGUCGGUGCAUAGGGUUUAUGUAGCGGAUGGAGAUGAGAAUGAGCUGUAUGGGGUUAUUACGCUGAGGGAUGUGAUCUCUUGUUUCGUCUCUGAACCUCCCAACUACUUUGAGAACUGUCUUGGCUUCUCGGUUAAAGAAGUGCUUAGCCGAUGAUGAUGAUGAUCUCUUGUUUCUCAGCUUCUUGGUUUUCUUUUGAUCAAAUCUUGGUUUAGAUUCUCAAGUUGUUUGUUCUUUUUAUGACCAAUUUGUAAGCCACUUUCAAUUUUUAAAGUUUUUUUUUGUCUUUUAUAAACCUUAGAAAAUGGUUAUAAAAGUUUGGAGUUUUGCUUUAAA